AUGGAAAACCAAUCCAGUGUCUCUGAAUUUUUCUUACGAGGACUAUCUGAGUUUCCAGAACAUCAACAGUUAUUCUUUGGACUUUUCCUGUGUAUGUAUCUUGUCACCUUGGCUGGGAACGUGCUCAUCAUCCUGGCCAUUGGCUCUGAUGCACGCCUUCACAUGCCUAUGUACUUCUUUUUAGCCAAUCUGUCUUUUGUUGACAUGGGUUUAACAUCCUCCACAGUGACCAAGAUGCUGUUCAAUGUGCAGACUCAGCACCAUACCAUCUCCUAUACUGGUUGUCUCAUCCAAAUGUACUUCUUCCUGAUGUUUGGUGAUCUAGACAGCUUCUUCCUGGCUGUGAUGGCCUAUGACCGCUAUGUGGCCAUCUGCCGCCCUCUCCACUACUCCACGAUCAUGAGCCCCAGGGCCUGUGCCUUCGUGCUUGCAUUGUGCUGGGUCCUCACCAACAUAGUUGCUCUGACUCACACCCUCCUCAUGGCUCGACUGUCUUUCUGUGUCAUUGGGAAAAUAGCUCACUUUUUCUGUGAUAUCACUCCUGUCCUGAAACUAUCAUGUUCUGACACUCGUAUAAAUGAGUUAAUGGUUUUUGCCUUAGGAGGCACAGUACUCAUGGUGCCUUUUAUGUGCAUUACUAUCUCCUACAUUCACAUUGUAUUCACCAUUCUGAGGAUUCGAACACCUGGUGGGGGCACAAAGGCCUUUUCCACAUGUAGUUCCCAUCUCUGUGUAGUCUGUCUAUUCUAUGGGACCCUCUUCAGUGCCUACCUGUGCCCUUCUUCUGUAGACUCCACAGAGAAGGAUGUCGUAGCUGCUGCAGUGUAUACAGUGGUGACUCCCAUGUUGAACCCCUUUAUCUAUAGCCUAAGGAACAAGGACAUGAAGGGGGCCCUAAAGAGGCUCCUCAGUCAUAGGAGAAUUUUCUCUUCUUAG